UCGAUCUCGAUAUUUCGUAACAUUUACUGUCAUAUUACAAUAUUUAUUGCAAUCCUUUCUCUCUGAAAAUGCAAGCCUAUAACCGCACAUGACACACACUUCAACGUGCCAACUCGCUGGCAACAUAGCUUUUAUGAGAUGCUCGUUUGAUUUGCAUGCAUCCAUGCCUGCCUUCACUUUGGUAUGAUUCCGGCUAGAUACGCGAAUGUAGGUGCAAGAUCAAGUGCAUACUACGCCUACUAUUAACCUGCAUAUUAUUCAAUUCCAGUUAUGGUGGUUAAAGGAUGACACAUUUGAAUCAGAGUCUGCUUAGGGACAUCAACUAUUUCCCGGUGAUAAAUCUGUUGAUUUAAUACGGAAAGAUUCUAACUGGAGGGGAAUAAUGCAGCGAAGUGUUAAAAAGUCGAAUGAUAACAUCAAGGUUUUCAUCACAGCAAUUAUGGGAAUUGUUUUGGGGUUUUCUCUCGGUAUUUCAAUGCCAUCCUCGAAUAUCACCAAGAUUCGCUUACCUUCAAGCUUUGGACGUUCUUUUGAUGUGCCGAUAGCUGAUAUAGAGAAAUUUUUAGCUGACAUAAACCGUUCUCAGGCUGUUACAGACCAGUCCUCUGGAACUGAAGGCCUUGAAUACCUAGGAUCAAUGAAAUUACCUAAGAUGUAUGUUCCAACAAAUCCUCAUGGGGCAGAAUCACUACCUCCUGGAAUUGUUGUAUCUGAAUCUGAUUUUCAUUUGCGAAGGCUAUGGGGUGAACCAAGUGAGGAUCUGCAGAAAAAGCCAAAGUAUUUAGUGACAUUCACUGUUGGUUAUGAUCAGAGAUAUAACAUUGACGCAUCAGUCAAAAAGUUUUCUGAUGAUUUUGCAAUUUUGCUCUUUCAUUAUGACAAUCGGAUUAAUGAAUGGGAUGAAUUUGAGUGGUCAAAGAAAGCGAUCCAUGUUAGUGCAAGGAAACAAACAAAAUGGUGGUAUGCUAAGAGGUUUUUGCAUCCUGAUAUUGUAUCAGCUUAUGAAUAUAUUUUUAUAUGGGAUGAAGAUCUUGGAGUGGAACACUUCAAUGGAGACAAAUUUAUGGAGCUAAUAAAAAAACAUGGCUUGGAGAUAUCUCAACCUGCUCUUGAAAAUAGUGAUUCAACAUGGGAAAUGACAAAGAGGAGAGGUGAUAGAUCAGUUCACAAGUUCACAGAGGAGAAACCAGGCUGGUGCAGUGAUCCACACUUGCCUCCUUGUGCUGCCUUCGUGGAAAUUAUGGCUCCAGUCUUUUCUCGUGAAGCAUGGCGAUGUGUAUGGCAUAUGAUUCAGAACGACUUAGUGCAUGGAUGGGGACUGGAUUUUGCUCUCAGAAGAUGUGUAGAGCCAGCACAUGAAAAAAUCGGUGUAGUUGAUUCGCAGUGGAUUGUUCAUCAAGGGGUUCCAUCUCUCAGGAGCCAGGGAGAUGCUGAUCACGGAAAACAGCAAGGGGAUGCGGUUAGAGCAAGAUGCAGAAAUGAGUGGGCUUUGUUCCAGACUCGUCUCACCGAUGCUGAUAAGGUGUUUUUGGAAGGAAUCAGGGGUUAAUAAUAUUGGCGUCCCCUUCGACUAUAGCUAUACCCCUUUCAAACAUGCUUUGCCUGUUAGUGGAAUCAUCGUUUCCUUGCCUACAUUGGAGUCAUUCACCCUUUUCAUAUCUCAGGUUCUGUCCCUUUUAAUUAUAUGCGCCGUGUCGGCUAGGAAACAAAGGAUGUCUCGUCCUACGUAUGGCCUAUUUGGCCAAAAACAAAAAAGAAAAAGAUCUUGCAUCUGGCCUCUUUUUCCUUUAAAGUGUAAUUAUUUGGUGUUCAGUAUAUUGAAUUAUGUUUAAAUAUUAUUAGGUUCUAUUUAAAUAACACCACAUUCUUCUCAUAUGGGACUUGAUCCUUUUUU